GUUGAGAGCCAUUUGUCUCAAGAGCCAUUGGACGGCAAUCAGGCAAGCAGUGCGAAUCCGAUCUUCUCCUGAACUAUUCGAACCAAGCAUCCCUCGGCUAUAUAUUAGCAACAGUUUUGAUCUCGAGCCUACCGACGGGUCUUUUCUUCCGUUUUCACAUAUGCCCCGUUGUACCCAGAUAACUCGUACUUUCUGCUCUUCAAUCUUGUUUCGUCAGCAAUUGCCCCGAUUAUUCCCUCUCUUUCAACACACCUUCAGCCACAGAACCAUCAUGUCCGCCGCCGCGAAGCGCCUCGAGGGCAAGACUGUGCUCAUCACCGGUGCCUCGAGCGGGAUCGGAAAGAGCACGGCCUUUGAAUACGCCCGGACGGCACCCAACAACCUCAGGCUCGUCUUGACCGCUCGUCGCAUCGACAGUCUCAAGCAGAUUGCCGCCGACAUCCAGAAGGAGGUCGGUGAAGGUGUCAAGAUUCAUCCCGUCAAGUUGGAUGUCAGCAAGCCCGAGGAGGUUCGCCAGCUCGUGCCCAACCUGCCUGAGGAGUUCCGCGACAUUCACAUUCUGGUUAACAACGCAGGCCUCGUCAAGGGAGUUGCCAAGGCGCCUGAGAUCGCUGAGGAGGACAUCAACGUCAUGUUCGCUACUAACGUCACCGGUCUCAUCAACGUAACCCAGGCCAUUCUCCCCAUUUUCAAGGCGCGCCCUGAUGGCGGUUCAGGCGAUAUCAUCAACAUUGGCUCCAUUGCGGGCCGUGAGCCUUACCCCGGUGGUUCCAUCUACUGCGCAACCAAGGCAGCAGUGCGCAGUUUUACCGACAGCUUGAGAAAAGAGCUAAUCUCGACACGCAUCCGCGUCAUUGGCAUCGACCCCGGUCAGGUCGAGACUGAGUUCUCCGUUGUCCGCUUUUACGGCGACAAAUCCAAGGCCGAUGCCGUUUACGCCGGCUGCGAGCCUUUGACCCCCGAGGACAUUGCCGAGGUCGUCGUUUUCACGAGCACGCGCAGGGAAAAUGUAGUGGUUGCCGACACCCUUAUUUUCCCCAGCCAUCAGGGUGCUGCCGGUCUCCUCCAUCGCAAGUCUUGAACAGACGUACGUGGUACGUGAGAGUGAGGGUGAGACUGAGACUGAAAUAACUUGGUGGGCGCAGAGGCGCUUGUCGCUAAGGAUAUGGAACCAGACAACACCCCGUUUGGAAGAUAGACCUCCAAAACCAUGAGCAUUUCGCCUUUCGAGUUCGCAGUCUUCAAUUAGUUUGUAGCAAGUUGCGUUCUGCAAGUUUGGCGCUUUAGGAUCACCAAAAAUUUUGAGUCGAAACUGAAUGAUGUACGACUCCUCGAGG